AUGAGAGACUUCGUGUCCUAUUUCAGCGAGAACGCCAUUAACGUGGCUACCCAACAACCCCACCAUCAGUACUCCUUCUCCUGCUCCUCCUCCGCCGCUGCCGUCGUCUCCUCCCUAAUCACCGCCGCCGCUUCUUCUUCCUCCUCCUCGGCCUCUCCCUCCGCGGCGGCGACUUCUUCCGUACAGAACGUCGUCUCUUCCCUCUACCGAAUCAGCCUCUCCUCCCACAAGAAGCCCCUCCUCUUAUCCACAUGGGCUCGCUUCCAAUCCGCUGCUCAGCAGGGGCUCACCAUCUCCAACGGCCGGUCCACCUUCAAGCUCAACACCAGCUCCGACCUCUUCCGCAAGAAGAAGGGCAGCCGCUCGAUCGAAGCCGGCGAACCCGAUUCAAAAUUCGACGUCUAUUGGGAUCUCUCCUCCGCCCGCUACGACUCCGGCCCGGAGCCCAUCGACGGGUUCUACGUCAUCGUUUUGGUCGAUUCCGAAAUUGCCCUCGUCCUCAGCGACCUGGUCGACGAAUCCGCCGUUCUGUCCAAGAAAUUGCUGAUUAAAUGCAGCGGCGGCGGCGCGAGGGGGAGAAGGAAGGGCUGA